GUUAAAUAUGCAAAGUUUAAUUUCUUCUUCACAAAUCAUCUGCUACUUUAUAACUGAAUUAUUUUGGAAAAUAUAGUGCGGUAAAUAAGUAAAUAAAAGUGAUAAUUAAGUAUUAUAAAUUAUUAAAGUCCUAUCUAAAACUGCAUAACAAUGAAAUGUCGAGCGUGUAUGAAAGCGAAUUGUAACAACUUAGUUGACAUGAGUGUUGCUGGAGCAGAUGGAGGACAAACGCUUUUCGACUACUACAAUGAUUGUACGCAGCUACGUGCAACUGCCAGCGAUAGUUUUCCUAAAAAACUAUGCAAAACUUGUACUAAAAAGCUACGCAUAGCAUAUAGCUUUAGAAAAUGUGCUCUGGAGUCUAAUGAUAUGUUUGAAAAGUUUCUAACAUUACAAAAAAUUAAUACACAAUCUCCAGCCAACUUAAUUGUGGAUACGGAAGAUUACUCAAACGAUCCUUUGGAGAUAGAAUUGUGUGAAUCUCGGAAAGCUGUAAAGCAAACUGAUAGCGAAUCUCCUAUGAAAGAGGAAGGCUGGAAUCAACCGAUCAAUGAUUAUUCGUGCGAUUCUGCGUUAAUAAACGAAACCGUCAUUAUCGAACAGUCACAAGUCAGCUCCUGCAGCAACAAUAAUCCGUCUCAAGCGGAUAAGAAAGAAGAUUGGUACGAAGAACAUUGUUAUGAUGAAAAUACAUGUCCGGAUAUAGAGACAUAUGAGACUGGUACUGAAACGAAAGAAGAUAGUUCAAGUUUAAACGUAGGAGAAACGGAUCAUCUAGAAAUAGAAAUCGAUACUACUAGAUUACAGUGUCUAUAUUGUAAACAAAUAUAUUCGUCCGAUUUGGAACUUCAGCAUCACGUAAAAAACAUUUAUUUAAAUGUCACUUCUGCUCGAAGAUUUGGACUGAUGUGAGCAGGUACUACAGACAUAUUAAACGGAUACAUAACUGCGCAGAAACUGAAGUCCCCGCUUUGCAGGCUUUUAUGGAAUGAGUUGAAAUAAUAGAAGAUGGAAGUAUAAACUGCGAAAUUUGCAAUGUAAGCUCUGCAACUAUAGCUGCAUACGGCAAACACACUCACCGAAAAUAUGAC